AUGACAACCGAAACACCACUUACUUGCUCGUUGUUAAAUGACAACGCCAAGCGCUUUGCACGAAUACCCUCUCUUUGCCUUGAUUCUUGCCUCGAUCGAUCGGGACUAACCGAAAUCGAUGCGGUCUUAUUCCUCCCUGUAUGUCUAUGUAACCUCUGGUUACUGCUGCUCUUGGUUCCAGGCUUCCUCUACUUCUGGGGCGUCGUCUUCGUACUGUCCACUACGGCAGUGGCCUUUCUCAAGUCCGAGGUGGUGGUGGACACCUCGCCACGUCCACGACGCUCCUCCCCAGAUGAUGCUGAGGCCGAUAAGCAAUCAUCGUACGACUAUUCUCCGGACGGGGAACUGAGGGUGCCUCUGGUAACGACCAGCGGGGAUGGUGAAAGCUGCCCGGCGGCGUUGGAAGUGGAGGUAAACGGCCUCGCCAACGGCGCAGUCGUCUCCCCUCUGGCACAACGGCGUGCAAGUGUGGACCUCUCAGCCGAAAGCUCCGACAACAGCAACAACCACGCGAGCAUGCUCAACGAGUCCCGACUGAGUUUGCCAGCUGAUGCAGCGGAGAAAAAGAGGAGAGGGAGAGGAACGAGUGACGCGGAGGGAGGCAAGAAGAAGGAGGACCAGGGUGAACGUCACUUGUCUCUAAGCCAGACCUACAGCGUAAUGCUGGGUGUGUUGCGACUUCGUCCCAUCCUCAAGUACAUUCUAUUCGUCUUCCUUGUAAAGGUGAGUCCAUGCAAUGGUUUGUGUGUGUAUGUGUGUGUGUCUGUCUGUCUGUCUGUCAAUUCCCCUUGUUGA